AAGUCCCAAACGAAUCACACUCUUAAUGGAGAAAGAUAGAGAACCGCUAAAACUUAAGUGAAUCAGGACGCAAAGAGCCACCAUAGCAAAGACAGAUUUCCCGCAAGGAACUUCACACCGAAAGCGACGAGAUUCAGGGAGGCUCGAGCCAUCUGCAGCCUCCACCAUGGCCAUCAACACAGGGACUCCUUUCCUGCUGCUGCUGUUGCAGCUGCUUCCAUUACUGCCGUGUCUCCAUGCAGCUCCAAACCGCGUCACAGAGUGCACGCCGCCCUUCACUGCGGCGGUGGGCGGGAAGUGCAUCCUCGUGAGCUCCACAAGCAAGGGUUCCUGGUACAACAUGAAAGACUUUUGUGAGACUCUUGGCGGUCGGCUGUUGACCAUCAACACAGAGAACAUUCACUACUACGUCGUCAAGUACUUGGAGAACAACGGAUAUACUGGCCGAGAUUACUGGGUCGGCGCAAACAACGAGCACGCUGACGGGCAGUACCACUGGCUGGACGGGAGCAAGGUCAAGAUGGGCACGCCUUUCUGGGGCAUUCUAAACGACCAUCAGGAGCCAGGCGGGGGAGAGUCCGAACACUGUGCUAUCCUAUUUAAAAGUGACUUUUAUUUCAUGCAUGAUUUAGCAUGUAACAAAGAAGUGUACCCUAUCUGCGAGAACCUUUCACUGUCUCCACCUAACAUCAGUGAGUCUCAAGCAGACAAACGACUUGUGACUUUCAACAUGGGCAACAACUCAGCGCCCGCCCUCCUCCUCCUACUGCUGUUCUUCAUGCUGCCAUGCCUUCCUGCUACUCCGAUUACUGACCGCGUCACAGGAGAAUGCGCGCCGCCCUUCACUGCGGCGGUGGGCGGGAAGUGCAUCCUCGUGAGCUCCACAAGCAAGGGUUCCUGGUACGUCAUGAAAGACUUUUGUGAGACUCUUGGCGGUCGGCUGUUGACCAUCAACACAGAGAACAUUCACUACUACGUCGUUAAGUACUUGGAGAACAACGGAUAUACUGGCCGCGACUACUGGAUCGGCGCAAACAACGAGCACGCUGACGGGCAGUACCACUGGCUGGACGGGAGCAAGGUCAAAAUGGGCACUCCUUUCUGGGGCGCUAUGAAUGGACAUCAGGAGCCCGGCGUGGCCACUGAGCACUGCGGCAUGCUAUUCAAGGGAGACUUCUAUUUCAUGCAUGACUAUAGAUGUAACGAAGAACUAUAUCCCAUCUGCGAGGCUAAAUAAGCCCUGUGAGAGAACUGUAUUGGCUGCUGGGGUGUGAUAAGAUGGUACAACAAACUUGACCAACUUUAAUCAGUGGGUGUUGAGACUUAACCAUCUUGAAUUCUUGCAUCAACGUUUGCCCAACUCACUACCUUCUCGUUUGUUUGGUAAUGUAGGAAACUAGAAUAUAUAUAUA